AUGCAAGACCUUGAUGAGAGUAUGGACCAAUCACUCGAAUUAGAGAUGCAAAGAUAUAUAGUAGCUAGUCGAAUAAAUGUUGCACCUGGUGCAGGUGUAGCUAUUUUAACUGCUGUUCAAGCAAUAGGUGCUGGAAAUGGUGGUAAUCAGAUUGGUGGUUUGAAUAUUGCAGAAAAAUUUCGUAAUAAAGCUAGAGCAGAAAUUGGUAGAAUUGGAGCAAAUCUUGGGCAACUUCUUUAUCUAUUUAGUACUUCUUAUAUGACAGUUGAACACUUAAAACAAAUGGCAGUUUUUGGUCAACUUAUGCAAGGAGAUAUGGGUGUUGAAGAGUUCUCCACUCAAAUCAAAAAGGAUAUUCGGGAAAAUAUCACAAGAGCCUUAGCUAAAGUGGAAAAAUUUACACUUUCUCAAAGAAAUGCACCAUCUUCUCUUCCUGUUUUUCUGGCAGCCAACUCCUACAUAGACACUAACAAAUUAGAAAUAACUAAAACUGAAAUCAUAGAUUUGAUAAAAACUGCAAUAGCAUUCUCAGAGUCUCAAACGGCUUAA